AUGGCCGCCGCCGCCGCCGUCGUCCCGGCCAAGAGCCUCCGCGUCGGCGACAUCCAGGACCCGGCGACGCUCUUCGAGCGCUACGGCACCGAGGAGAUCCGGCAGGUGGAGAGGCGGGUGCGCGGGGAGAUCGAGCAGAAGAAAGAGGAGCUGCGGCAGAUGGUGGGCGAGCGCUACCGCGACCUGAUCGAGGCGGCCGACACCAUCGCCCAGAUGCGGCUGUGCUCCGAGAAGGUGGUGGAUUCGGUGCGGGGGAUGUACGACUACUGCACCCGCCUCAGACCUCCUGCCGGCGGGGCCCCGGGCAAGGCGGCCAGUCUGACAGCCAGGAGGACCCAGUCUCAGAGGCAGUCCCAGGAGAAGUUCUACUGUAUGGCAGCGCAAAUCAAGCUCCUUCUGAAUAUGCCUGAGAAAAUCUGGAGUGCCUUAGAAUUGUCACAGUAUCUACAUGCUACUCAGAUGUACCUGCUCUGCUGUCACAUUCAUAGCAUCCUUCAACUUGACUCCACAGCGUCCCAUUACAGUCCUGUAUUGUCACAAUUUCCCAUCCUGGUUCGGCAAGUAGCAGCAGCCAGCCAUUUCAGAGCGUCCAUUUUGCAGGAGAGUAAAAUGCUUUUGAAGGGUCGGGCAGUGUCGGACCAGGCUAUUGCGGAGGCUCUCUGUUCCAUAAUGCUCCUAGAGGACAGCUCCCCACGCCAGGCUCUCACUGACUUCCUACUUGCAAGAAAAGCAGCAAUUCAACAACUCCUUAACCAGCCACAUCAUGGUGCUGGUAUAAAGGCACAGGUUUGUUCACUGGUUGAACUGUUAGCCACUACACUUUAUCAGGCUCAAGCUGUGUUUUAUACUCCAUCGGAAAGAAAAGUGCCAGACACAACAUUAACCUGCGGUCUCCUCUUCACCACCCUGGAAACCAUCACCAAUCCAUCUCCAGCAGAAAAAGGAAUCAAAGUUUUAAAGGAAGAGGUAAAGUCUGAGACCUGGUUCAAGUACCUACCGCCUUCUAUUGUGGAUUUUCAAACACCCCUGAGGACCCUGGCUCAUCCGAUAAACCACGACUACUUAAGAGACACCCUUCAGCAGUGGAUUAACAUGUGUAAGGAUGACAUAAAGAUGGGAAUUGGGAAUCUGUUGAUCUAUGUGAAAAGCUUGAAGGGCCUUGCUGGAAUUCGAGAUGCAGUGUGGGAGCUCCUCACCAGCGAGUCCAUCAGCCGGAACUGGGAAACUGUAUGCCUCCGACUGCUGGACAAACCACUCUCUUUCUGGGAGGACUUCCUUCAGCAGCUCUUCCUUGACAAAUUGCAGGCACUGACGCAAGAGGGUUUGGAGUCCAUCGCAUGCAGUUCGAAACAGCUCCUGGUUUCAGCUUUAACAGAGCUUCAGACAAAAUGCCCAAGCGCUGGUUCCACCAAACCCGUUCAAUUUGAGUACAAUGUCUCUGCGUUUCUUUGGUCCGAGAGCAGUAAUGACUUGUUGCCAGAUGCUGCUUGGGUUAGCGUUCCGAAUCGCAGCCAGUUUAUAAAAAGUGGGCUUUCCAUGAAAGCUCAAGCUCUUACACUUUGCAUCCAGAACUUCUGCUCAGCAAUCGACUCUAAAUUAAAGGCUAAACUGGAUGAUUUAGUGAUGUACCUUCCUCCAGAUUCUUCAGUCAAAGAUCAUGUUAACAACAAUUCUGAUUCCAAGGUGCAAAACUCAGCAUUUGACCGGUAUGCUGAUACGGACAAGGUUGAAGAAAUGGUACGGACACAAUGCCUUUCUUGUGUGCACUACAUCCUCGACAGUAUGAAAGCAGAGCUCAGAACUGCAGAACAGAAGUUGCAAGGCUGUGCUUAUUCUCCGAAUGAUUGUAACCUAAAUGCCGUCCUUUUCAUGGCCAGGUUAUGCCAGUCUAUAGGGGAACUCUGCCCUCACCUCAAGCAGUGUGUUUUGGGUAAGUCAGGAACCAAUGAACUACAUGUACGGGACUCACGUCCCACCAAGAAACUGGGCAAAGGGAAGACUCAAGAGGUGAAUCCCGCACAAGCCAAGUGGCAAGAAGUGAAGGACCAGCUCUUGCAGCAAAGCAUGAGCGCAUAUAGGAUUUGGAGUGUUACUGUGUCCAAGGCUCUUGUCCACCGCUUCACACAAACAUUGCACUCUGAUACGGCUGGAGCUAUUUUAUCUACAGCCACCAACUGGGAUAUAAUUGAAAUCCAAGAGGAAACAGAAGCUGGAAAUAAUGUUGCGUCCAAAAUCCGUCUUCCUGUACAGCCGUCCUGGUAUGUUCAGUCACUCCUCUUUCAAUUGUGCCAAGAGGUGAAUAGGGUUGGAGGUCAUGCCCUUCCUAAGGUCACACUACAGGAAUUGCUAAAGAGUUGUUUGGAUGAGGUAUUUGCUGGAUACGAAAAAUUAACCUCUGAAAAAGUGGGCAAGGCUGAUUCUAUACUCCCCUUAACCCAGAAUAGAGCUCUUCAACUGCUUUUUGACCUUCGGUAUCUCAACUUAGUUUUAACUGCCAGAAACGAGGAGGUGAAAACCAGCAGGUCCCAGCAAGAUCCCAGGAUUCAAAAUUUGGCAGAUUCUUUGGAGAGCCACAUUGACCCGUUUGAUUUGGAUGUUUUCACUCCGCACCUUAACAUUAAUCUGAACAGACUCUCUCAAAGGACCUCCGUGCUCUUUGGGUUACUUACUGGCACGGAGAAGCAAUAUACUAGUAGAGGCACAACAUUUAACUCGCAAGAACCACAUAACAUCUUACCAUUGGCUUCCAGUCAGAUCCGGUUCGGCCUGCUGCCCCUCAGUAUGACAAGUUUACGGAAGUCAAAAUCAUCAGUCAGGGGAACUGAAGUCAAGAAUCCGGUUCUGCCCGCUUCAGUCACGGAAGAUGUGCGGCCCGGCUCCUUAUUCCAUCAGCUGGCAACUUUCCAAGAAGAAGACUCCUCCACCUCUUCCUCCUCUCUCUUUAAACUCGGGUGGCUGUCGAGCAUGACAAAAUGAUCGUGUCGGCUCUUAAUCAAAAUACUGGUGUAGGGAAGCAGUCCCGAGGGUGAAAAUGAACCACAACGCAACAUUCUACAAAUAAAUUAUCUUCUAAUGUUUUAAAA